CAGCGACAGCAGCAGCAGCAACAACAACAGCAGCAACAGCAGCAGCAUCAUCAUCAUCAUCGUCAUCGACAUCAACCUCAACAGCGACAACUGCCUCCGAAUCGUCGACCACGAGAUCAUAACCAUGACGACGGCGGCGGCCGUCACCGUCUCCAUGGAAACCACAGACAUGGCGGCCGAGCUCGCCAACGUCACCGCAGCAACGAUGUACGUCUACCCGGCGGCGCUGUCCAACUUCGCCGCUACGAUGGCGUGCGCGUUCGUCGUGCUCGGUUGCCUAGGCAACGGGACGACGAUCGUGGCGCUGCUGGCGAGCGAGAAGCUGAGGAGUCAUGCGACGACGAUGUUUGUGAUCAGUCUCGCCGUCACCGACUUCAUAUACUGCGUCUUCAACAUGCCGCUGACGGCCUCCAGGUACAUUCACAUGGCGUGGGUUCACAGUGAUGAGCUCUGCAUGAUCUUCCCAUUCCUCUUCUACGGAAAUGUGGCUGUCUCGAUCCUGAACCUGCUCACAAUCACAAUCAACAGGUACGUGUUGAUCUGCCACACGAAGACCUAUCAGCGUAUCUACCGGCAGCCGUACAUCGCUUUCAUGAUCGUAGCCAGCUGGCUUGUACCCGUCGUCUUCCUCGUGCCGCCGCUGUUCGGCGUAUGGGGGCGCUACGGAGAGAAGCCGCAGACGUCGUCGUGUACGAUACUCGAGGAUGAGAACGGGAACUCGCCGAAGAGCGCCAUCUUUGCUGUCGGCAUCGGCGUGCCCAUGAUCGUCAUCGUGCUCUGCUACCUGCGCAUCUACUGGCAGAUGCAAGCAGAUCAGGUUGCAGCUAGAUCUAUUAUUAUUCACCUCUGA